ACCUUUGCAGCAGUUCAGACGGUGGCGGUAAUGCACCUACAAGCUGGUGUGUCAACCGCCAGUUAAACUCAAGCAGAAGAAGAAGUAGAGGGCGUCCUGUACAAGAGACAAAACAAAACAUUGAUGGCCACAUUCGGCUGGAAACGUAAGGUGGGAGAGAGAGUUUCCAAGGCGACGGUGCAGCAGUUUGAGCAGGCUGAUGAUGAUAAUAAGGUGGAGAAGGAGGGAGUUGAUUGGCUGAAUGUUAUCAAGCGGCGGCGAGAGGUGCUGCUGGAGGAUUGCUCUGCUAAAAGCAAGAGACUAAAAGAUGAGGGCACGUUACUUGCCGAGCAAGGAAGGAACUGGGAAGCUUUGAAGAGGUGGGAUGAGGCGCUUCAGCUCAAACCAGACGACGCUGAGCUUUAUGAUAUGAAGGCACAGGUGUUGAUCAUCCUUCAAGAGGUGUUCCUGGCUGUGCAGUCUGCAGAAAUGUCAACCAAACUCCGCCCCCUCUGGUGGGAGGCGUGGCAAACUUUGGGUCGCGCUCAGCUAAGUCUCGGUGAAGUAGAACUAGCCGUACGAUCCUUCCAAGUGGCAUUGCACCUACAUCCAUUUGAGCGCCCCCUAUGGGAGGAGGACUUAGACUGGGCCCUAAAGCUUCGGCAGCAAAAACAAGUUCUCAGUGAAAGAGAAAAACAGCAAGAGGAAGCUCGAAAGCUUCUGGUGGAAGCACCCGAAUUGAAGAGCGAUUAUGAUUUUGAGAGCGAUGAAGUGAUUGACGCCUGCACAGCCAUGGCUGAGAAACAGAAAAAAUAUGAGGACUUAAAGAAAACAGCAGUUAUUGUGGAAACACAUGGGGCGGUGAAAGAGGUGGUUGUUGAGGAUGACAGCAAACCAGCUUCAUCCUCAGUGAGUAAUUUAGUCAAGGCAAGAGCUCUCUAAAGAAGGAAUAGAGGUUAUUUUUGUAUUUUCUCUGUUUAUAUUGUUUAAUGUGCUACAUAUUUACUUUGACUCUGAUUGGAUUUCAUGUGUAUAAUGUGAGUGAAGUGGUAAAGUGAAUACCAGAUGCUCUCUCAACAACUGUUGUCCCUCAAAUGGAGAGUUAAUUCCUUUAUUUUACUGAUGCAUUUGUUCUUAAAGUGCAGUUUAGGUUCCCAAAAUAGCAAAACAGCAUCUUCUUAAUGCAGGUUGUUGGUCUGGAACGGCAUUGACUCUAGUCAGCUUUAUUGUAGUCCCAUUUUAUGAGAGUCCCCACCCAGAACACAAUUAAAGCAGUGUUAAACUUGAAUGUUUAAUGCACGAACACACACAGAACAUUACCUGCUGACAGGUGGACUUUCUGUUUUUAGUUAGUGCAGUAAACCAAGCAAUAAAGUUUGUGUUACUGUCAUGGAUUAAACUUUUGGCUAAAGGGAUAGUUGUCAUCAUUUAUUCACCCUCAUAUCAUUCAGAACCAAUGUGACCGAUGUGUAGCAUGGUGAGAUAAUUCCUUGACUGUCAUAAUAAUUAUUAAUGGUUUAGCAAUAUAGUUUUGUUUGUAUAAUUUGUGUUUAUAAUUUUAGUUUGAUGUUUCAAUUACCCAUCAGUUAUGUGGGUUGAGAAGCAUAUUCCGACUAAUCACAUUCAAUUAAUUUCUGUAAUUGAUUCUUUAGUUUAUUUAUUGAAUAAAAUCUUGGUUUAAAUAA